AUGAGUUAUCAGCAAUCGUUCCAGCAGGGACAAGCAUCACCUGCAGGUGAACAUCAGCAACAACAGCAACAGCAACAGCAACAGCAGCAGGGACAGGGUCACGAAUCGCCUGCUCCAAUGGAAGCCAACACUGCUCCUGGAUUUGGCUCGGCCAUGCCGCAACAACAACAGCAGCAGCAGCAACAAGGUGUGCCUGGUCAGCAACAAAUCAACACGGCUUCCGUUGAUAGCCAGAAUGGUGGUGAAGCUGAAAAAACGACAUUGUGGAUGGGUGAGCUGGAACCCUGGAUCGAUGAAGGUUUUGUGCGACAAGUGUGGUUCAAUCUGGGUGAACAAGUCAAUGUCAAGAUGAUUCGCGACAAGUUUUCUGGCAAUGCCGGGUAUUGUUUUGUGGAUUUCCAAAGUACAGCCGCGGCUACAAAAGCCAUCUCCCUCAACGGCACACUCAUCCCAAACACCUCGCGCCCAUUCAAGCUCAACUGGGCAUCCGGCGGCGGUCUGUCGGAUCGUAAAGAUGAGCGUGGCCCAGAAUACAGUAUCUUUGUGGGUGAUCUCGGUCCGGAAGUGAACGAGUACAUUCUCGUAUCACUCUUCCAAUCACGCUUCCCAAGUUGCAAAUCUGCCAAAAUCAUGACGGAUCCCAUGUCUGGCUUGUCGCGUGGGUAUGGAUUUGUUCGAUUUGCAGAUGAGAUGGAUCAGCAGCGUGCAUUGACGGAGAUGCAAGGUGUGUAUUGUGGCAAUCGACCGAUGCGCAUCUCAACGGCAACACCAAAAAACAAACCUGGACAGAUGCAAGGCAUGCCACACCAUGGUCAACAAUCCCUCGUGGGCGGUCAGCCAGGUCAACAGCAUAUGGGUAUGAUGCAGAUGGGUAUGCCACAGCCAUUUUACGCCGGUGUGCCGCAACCCAUGAACCAAUUCACCGAUCCAAACAACACAACGGUCUUUGUGGGUGGACUCUCUGGGUAUGUGACUGAAGACGAGUUGCGUUCCUUCUUUCAAGGCUUUGGUGAAAUCACGUAUGUGAAGAUUCCACCAGGCAAAGGUUGUGGUUUCGUGCAAUUUGUUCAGCGUCAUGCCGCAGAAAUGGCCAUCAAUCAAAUGCAAGGCUACCCAAUCGGUAAUUCUCGCGUCAGGUUGUCAUGGGGACGUUCGCAGAAUAAUUCCGGGCCAGCGGGGACACCGUAUCGUCCGGCACCACCACCCCCUUUGUAUCAGAGUAUGAAUAUGCCGCCUCAGCAUGCUUACUCGCCUUUUGCACCGAUGAAUCCACAUGCUCAGCAUGGCGGGUAUCAAGGAAUGCAUCCUGCUGGAUUACAGCAACAGCAACAAGUGGGACAGCCUGGUGCACCUCAACUGGCAGGUCCACCAGGUCAACCGGGCGCCAUGCCACCUCAAGACCCAAUGGACCCUGCAAACCCACAAAAGAUGAAUGAGUACUAUCAGGGAACCCAACAAGAACGCAUGCAACGGAUGGAUAAUGAUUCUCGUGGUUACGGUGGUAUCUACGCUAAUUAA